CGAAUUUUGAUUGUUAGUAAAAACGAAUGAUCAUGCAAAAUAGAGAUUAGCAAUUUUAUGCAAAUUAAAGUAAGGAAUUAAGAUAAAAGUAUAAAAAGGCAAAGGAUGGUUCAUGUAAUAAUGAAUUUAAAGAAUUUAGCAACAUCUGAACAUAAUCCUAAAAGAGAUAAAGCAUAAAAAGUACUGUUUAUUAUAAUGGUAUUAUACUCAAUUAUAUUGGUGACCUUUGUAUUACUUUUAUAUUGGGUAAGAGAUUUUAGAUACUAUUGUUUUAAUGUGCUUAAUGAUUUUAAUGAGUAGGGUAAAUUUAUUAUAAAAAUAUAGAUAGGGCAAUACAUAGGUGCUUUCUAUAUUGGAAUUAUUGGUUUAUGGUUUGUUUUAACUGGCUUUAACGUUGUUUUAUAUGAUAUUUUAGCAGGAUUUUUAAUUCAUCCUUUUUGGUUUGCUUUAAUCACUGUUUCCUUAGCUAAAUUCUUAGCCAAGUAUAAAUAAUUUAUAUUAUUACAGAUAUAUUGGCUUUUUAAUAGGAAGGUAUAUUCUUAGAAACUUUAUUUAUACCGCUAUGAAUGAAAAUAUUUACUUUAUCACUUGUUAUUUAGCAACAGAACGUAAACCAACUAAAGUUAUGUAUCUUAUUUAAUUUUUGGCCAUUCCAACAAUUUUUAAAACUUAUGCUUGUGGUUUAUUUAGAAUUACUCAUUGGGAAUUUUUACAUCCAACUUUUUUUGGUACUGUCGUUUGGGCUGGAUUCUGGGUUUAUAUGGGGUCUAAUUUAGAUUCACUUUCUGAUGUAUUAUAAUCAGGAGAUACUAGUAAUUAUGUUCCUCUAUGGUUAAAAUUUACAAUGGUUAUCAUAGUUGCUUUAAUUGUUUAUUAUUUUAUUAGAUUGACUAAUUCCAUCUAUACAGAAAUUUAAAAUGAUGCAAGUUUAGCUGAUUUAAGCCAUAUUUUAGAAAAGGAAGAUGAAGAAUAAGAAAAACUUUUAAUUUAUAAUUAAAUAAAUGAAGAAACUCAAAUCUAAGAAGAUGAUGAAAAUAGUAAUAAUACAUGA